CUGAUUUCGAUAACGAGUGCGACCGCGCUAUAGAUAUCGGUAUCAGCUGUUGGGGGCAAAUUAAAAACAAAGAGGAUGCAAAACUAACAACAAAGGGACUAUAAAAUGUUUCUGUUCAUCAGCCGUCCCACGCGGACCCUAGGAAACCGUAUGCAGGCGGUUCGUGAGCGUCUGGGUGUGGAUUUAGCUGAUCAACUAGACGCGCUGCAUCGGAAUGUGAUGCGCACCGGACUAGUGUCCACGCAGGAGCUCGAGGAGGCGUUCCGCAAGACACGCGACACGGAUCACAAUCCAAAUCGCUUGAAUCUGCUUUGGCUACUCGGAAUCGUCUUCUUUAUUAUGGUGGCCACACCGGUUUUCUACGAGACCAUCUCGUUCCUGCUUGGCGUACGCUGCUUCCUCCCCAACAACUAUCUGGUCUGGGAGGCCACUCGCCCUAUCAGCGACUGCGAGUUCUGCAAAGGCGUGAAGGCUCCCCUAAUCCUGGAUAAUCUCACAAUGGAGGAGUUCGGCCCGCAUGCCUACUCCUCGUUGCCCAUCAUUGUGAAGCGGGCGGUGGCUCACUGGCCAGCACAAAAGCAGCUAAGCUAUGAAUACAUCAAGGAUUUGUACGACAGUGUGCCGGGAGCGGUGGAAUCGGACUGCCCGUUCCUGCACUUCAACUCGGAUCUCAAAACGCUAAAGGAUGUGUUUGCCAUGUCCACAGAGCGGUCGAAUUUAAGUCAAGGAGGGCCCUGGUUCGUCGGCUGGAGCGUCUGCCAGCCGGCUGUCCUAGCGGAGCUUAGAAAGCUAUACCCCCGCCCACACUUUCUGCCUGUCGAUGCCGAAAUGCCCCACACGGAUUUCAUAUUAAUGGGCUACGAGCAGGGAGCUGUGAUGCAUCUGGAUUACAUUCCUCGCCUGAUGUGGCAAGCCCAGCUGAAAGGCAACAAGAGCUGGUUUCUAGCACCUGCUCCUGAGUGUGAUCACCAGUGUCAGCCAUUCUCUUUUUACGUAGAGCCCGGGGAUGCUGUUUUGGUGGACACGCGUAUCUGGUACCAUGCCAAUACCAUCCCCAAGGGUCAGUUUUCGCUGACUGUUCAGUCAGAGUAUGGAUAAGCCCCUUUUAGAAACACUAGAAUUUAAAAAUUGAUAUAAAAGGGAAACGGGAAAGGGGAACUCAAGAAUAUUGCCGUAUUAAUAGGCCAGAAUUGUUCUUUAAACUUAAACCGCCAUUACUAGAGCUAUCGAUUACCGAUAGUUUAGGCGGAAGCCAUUUAAAAGAGAUGAUCGGAAAAUAUAGCGUCAACACAAAAUAAACAAUAUGGAAACCAA